AUGUUACGAUAUGGGAACAUCUGGUGGAAAGCAUGUAAACAAUUUAGAAAAAUUGAAAUGAAUGAAAUCACUACAGAAAAGAAUAAUAAUAAACAUCCGAAUUUAUUUUUUGAAUCACCACAAAAAGCAGAGUGGUCAUUUGAUCGUCUUAUUCCAAAAGCAAGGGACGAGAAUAAACAACAACAAGAUUCCUCUUGGAUUAUUAAACAAGCAUCAUCAGUUAGGGAACGUGUCAAAGACAAAGCAUUUAGUUCAUUAUAUAGCCCUGUUAAACAUGCAUCAUCUGAUAUACUUUAUCUGAAACAAUUGUCAUUGAAUUAUCCAAUUGCUAUUCAAAAUUCUUCAUACAGUAUCGCAGUUUUAACAACAAAUUCAAUUGAUCUUUAUACAGAUGAUGCUAGUCAAACGUUUAAUUCAAUACCACUUGAAAAGCAACCAGACAACCACGAUAGUUGUGAAUGUUUAUGUUGUUUAGCAUGGUCAAUUAAUGGCAAAUAUUUAGCAUAUGGUGAUUCAUUUGGAAAUAUAUGUGUUUUUACAGCUGAUGGUCAAUUAUUACAUCAGUUACAGAGUUUUAAAGAAGAUCAUUCUCAUUCGUUUGCAAACAUAUGGUUUACUGGAAGCGAUGUAUCACAAUUUAUUGAUCUUAUUUGUUUAUCUCGAAAUGGACAAUUAUAUCGUUAUGUUAUGAGCAGAGAUGUGGUUGCAUCGUGUGCGAAUGACGAACAAAUAUGUUCCUAUUAUCCAAAAGGCAUUACCUGUUGUAUUGUUGAUAAUGCUAAGCAUCGUUUAUAUACAUCAUCAUACAAUCCAUUAAAUGUUCAAUGUUGGAAACUGUGUGAUAAAGAACCAUGGUUACUAUUAGAGAAACAAACAUCCUCUGAUGAUGCUAUCAAGGACGAUUCCUGUUUUACGUGGAAAAUGUCGUUAUCACCAGAUGGCAAUCGUCUAUUGACAAUUGAUUCUUUAGGAACUAUUUACAUCUUUCAAAUAGAAGAAGAUGUGAACGAUAUUUUACAACAUUUGCAAACAUUUGUUUUGUUAUCUUACAUUGAUGGUUCAAUUAGUUUUCAUCAAUCUCAAACGUUAAAUGAAAUACGUUUUGAAUCAACACUAUUUCAUCAUUAUCCACAAUUAUAUGCACAACAACAGCAGCAACAGAUACUAGAUGAGUAUUCGACGGACGACGAUGAAUCAACUCAUAGAAUACUCGUUAUAGAUGUUCAUACUAAUCGAUCAGAAUUAUCGUCCUCAUCAUUGUCGACUAGUCGAGAUGAAACAACUAGUUUAGUCACACGUUUAUUUUCCUCAUUAUUUUCUCGAUAUUAUUCAUCUUUAAAUCAUCUUGAAACCCUAUCGUAUAAAUUACAUGAACUGGAAAAGGCUGAACCAUUGGACGUUGUUAAUCGUUUAAUUUCUGAAAAAGAUUAUGGUGAAGCAUUACGAUUAUGUCACACAUUCAAUUUGGAUACGGAUUCAAUUUAUCAAUUGCAAUGGAAACAGUCAUUAACGGUUACAGAGGCUACGAUUCAUUCUUAUUUAUAUAGAAUUAGUAAACGUGCAUGGGUAUUAAAUGAAUGUCUUCAAUUGUUAUGUUCAACAUUUGAUGAGCAAUGGACACUCUUACAAUUCGGACUACAAAAAGCAUCAUCAAAACAAUUAUUUUUAUCAUUGCACGAGAAUGAUCAAGCGUGGUUUCACUCAAUUAACGAUGAAAUUGGACAACAACAGACUACUAUUACCACUACUGCUCUCAAAGAUGAACAAAAUCAACCGUUAACACUUACUCAAAAACAAUUAAUUAUCUAUCGGCGAAAAUUAUUAAUUUAUAAACAAAAACUAGAUCUGUACGAAAGAUUAAGAACAAACACAAAAGUAUUCAAUGAUUAUAGUAAAGAAUUUUAUGAAACAUUUCGAGAUUUAUCGUUGAAAGAUAUUGCUAUAAGAUUUGCAAGACAAUGUCAACUCGAUUGUUUAGAUAUAGUUUUAAAUGAAAUGCCUGACAUAAAUCCCUUACAAUUAUUAGAAAUAUUAACCGAAAUACCUGAAACAACAGAUAUUCAGUUGUAUGAAAAAUAUCUACCAUCUCCAACGUUGAAAGAUUUUUCAAUCACACAACAACAUACACAACAUAUAAAGCAAUCUGAUUGGUCAGAUGUUUAUGACGAACAACCAAAUGAACCAGAACGAGAACCUAUUACCGAUAAAAAAUUACGUUUAUCUCUGAUUGAUUGGUAUACGAAACGUGUUGAAUUUAUUGAACAAAUUGGACUAAUACAAAAUGCAAUCGAUGUUGUUGAACAUGGUAUUCGACAUCAACAUUUAGAUGAAUUAUCAUUUCUUCAUGAAAAAUUGCAAAUAUUAUCAUGGCUUAACUAUCAUUGUGAUUGGGAUUACGUGUUAGAUGAUGUAAAAAAUAUGACUGAUGAAGAAAUAACAAAUGGUAUUCUUAGAAUGGAUGUGAAUGAUCGAAUUAUGAUUGAUCAUCGCAUAGAACGUGGAUUAAUUCCAUUCUUACGUUUAUGUGAUCGUCAUCAUCUAAAUACUCCAUUAUCAUUACUGAAAGUAUCAAUUGGUGAAAUACUUGCAGAGGAAAUUGAACAUGAAAAAUCUCCGAGUAUUGUUAUACCUAUAAUUACAUCGUUAAAAAAUUCCAGUUAUUUACAACGAAAUCAAUUUGAUGAACUUAUUCAAGAUUUAAUUUUAAAUACUGAAAUAUUCAAUAAGGACUUUUGUCAAGAAUUAAUGGGAUUUUUAUCAAACAAAGAUCAUAUAAAACAAAUAUUAGAUGCUUGUGAUUUAUUUCGAAAAUAUGGUAUUGAAAUGUCACCAAAAUAUUUAUUAAAAAGUGCUGAAUAUGAAGAAUCUGUUGUGAAUACAAUUGUUAAAUUAAUACGUUCAGCCAUGAGAAAAACACCAAAAAUGAAAUUAUCCUAUGCGAAUGAAUUAUUACAUGAUUUACAAAUAUUACAAUCUCGAAUAUAUUCAAAUUGUCUAACACAACAAAAAUUAUAUGAUUUAUUUAUUGAAAAUAUGUUAACAUCUGAUAGUCAUUCGUGUCUUACAUCUGUUCGUCCAUUAAUUCAAUCAAUGGCAUCAUCACCUGAUGAAUUUGAACAUGCUGUACAUUUAGUUGUUAAAUGUGCACAAGAUUAUAUUGAUUCAGCUAAAAAUUCAAAUGAUUUUUCUCUUACAUUUGCAAAAGAUUGUCUAGAUUUAAUCGAUGAAUCACAUCCAUUAAUAACAUAUGAACGUGACUUAAUUGAAGCACAAAAAUUAAUUGAUUAUUAUCAAUAUCCAUUGACACCUGUUGAAAUUCGUCGACAAAAAAAUCCCACUGAUCUUUUACGUUCAAUUUUGGAUCAUAAUCCAACAGCUUAUCAAAAUACAUCAAAAUUUGUAUCAUUGGCAUCAUAUUUGAAUAUAUGUGGUAAAGAAAAUAAACAAUUGGCUAAAGUUAAAGCUAUGAUGAUAUUAGCCGAAUUUAGUUUAAAAAAAAUGGAUUUAACAUUUUGUACAGAAGCCUGUUUAUAUUUAAUUCAAUCAAAUUAUACGAAUGCAUGGAAAUGUUGCUGGGAAUUAAUUAAAUUAAAUCAACAACAACAAUGGAAUGAUAAUCAGACAAAACAGACAAUGCUUUCCUUUGUUGCUUUACACUGUGAUACUCAAGAACUUGGACGAGUUUUAGAUGAAGCAAGUCAAGGACGUUCAGUAACUGUCAGUGAUAGUCAUAUUUCGGAUCAAGCACCAUCAACAUAUUGCUAUUGUACUGAUCCAUUUUAUGAUCAAAAUUAUUCACAACACGAUACAUUUAAACAUUUACCAAUUAUGAGUUCAUUAAAAACGGCAACAGAUAAUCGAUUGUUAAUCGAAGCACAAAAUUAUGUUAAUAAUGAUACACCAUUAAGUGUUUUAACAUGGUUAAAUAUCAAUGAUAAAAAAAAUCGUUUUCCAUUUAAAUUGGAUAAUGAUUAUUCAUUACAAUUAGCUUUAUAUUGUUUAUCAUUGGAUAUAUCAUUGAAAACUGUUUCAAAUAUCAAUGAUAUUAAUCGAAUAUUAUAUGAAACACCAACAAAAUUAGCUGAAUAUAUUUCUAAAAAUACUAAAAAUGAACAAUAUACUCGUAUUAGUCAACAAUUAGAGAAAUUACGAGAAGAACAGACAAUUAAUAAUAUUGAAAAUGGUAUUGAUUUUACUCGUUUUUCAUCUGACAUUAAUUAUCGUCAAUCAACCAUUUAUGGUCUAUUUAUGACCGAUAAAGAUAUAAAAGUUGGUGAAUUAUUAGCACAAAAAUAUUCUUUAUCAUUAGCUGAAUGCUAUAUGAAUUAUGUUGAAUAUUUGUUAAUAGAAUCAAAAUUACCAUUAAGUGAAAUACGUAAAAAAGUUAAACUUGUUUUACCUGAAUUAAAAAAACAUUCCAAGUUAGAAACAGUUAAACGUUUAUAUAAAAAUGUUUAUCCAUUAAUAAGUGGACAAGAUUAUGAUCGAUUAAAAAUAUUUUAUGAUAUUAAUAAAUAUUUUGGAAUGACAACUGCACAAAAACAUUUAGAUGUUAUACAACAAUUACGAAGAGAAUUAAAUGAUGGCUUUGAUUACAAAUAUUUAUUAGAAUCGUGUGAUGAUUUUUUAUUUGAAUAUGUUGAUGAGUCAAAUUUUGAUCAAUUAUCACAAAUAUUAGAUAAUUUAAAAAUUAGUAGUGAUUUAAUAUUAACAUCAUCGUAUGUCUACUCAAAAUGGUUACAAAAAUAUUUUUGGUCAUCAUCAACAAAUGAAUUUCGUUUAAUUAUACCAUAUUUAGAUCAUAUUAAUUCUUCAAAUGAUUAUUUGAAUAUGAUUUUAUCAUUUACAUGUAGUGAAAAAGCAGUAAAUAAAUUAUCAAUUAAUCAACGUUUAGAAAUAGUUGAACAAUCAUCAGAUUAUUUAAAGAUAAAUAAUAAACAAGAAGAUGAAUGUUAUAUAAAACAUGAAGAAAUUAAAGAAUUAUUUCAAAAAAUUUUACCAUUUUAUAAAUUAUAUGAUCGAAAAUAUUCUUCAUAUAUAAAAUCAAUUGAAUUAUGUAAAUUAAAUCAUCAAGGUAAUAAUACAGAUAUUAUGGCUGAAAUUAUGUUAAAUGGAAAAAUAGGAUUUGGUUUUAUUGAAAAUGUUAUUGAAAUAUUUUUUCCAAAUUUAACAAUGAAACAAAUAUUUCGAAAAACAAUUGAUAUGGCUUGUCAAACACUCAAAAGUGGUGAUGAUCAUGCAUUACAAAAAAUGGAUAUAUUAUUAGAAAAUGUUGGUCAUUAUAAAGGUGAAGAGAUAAUAUCUGAAGAUGAAUUAGUAACAUGUUUAAGACAAAUAUGGAAAGAUGAAAGUAUUGAUAAAAUGAUUCGAUUUAAAUUAUUAGAAAAAUUAGAAAAAUUAUUUGAUAAUGGUAUAUUACGUUUAGAUGAUUUACUCCUAUUAGAACAAUAUCGUGUAUCAUCAUUAUUGACAUGUUUUGAUACUUUUACACAAUUAAAAAAAGAAGAUAUUCAAACAGAUGAAUUACGUUGUGAUUUAUUUUUAAAAUAUUUAUCACAAGCAAAAACUCGUUUACAUUUUGAUUCAUUAUGUGAAUUACUUCGACUUUGGUCUAAUGCAAGUCAAAUGAAAGGACCAACUGUUCUCACAUUAAAAUGUGAAUUAGUUUUAAAAAUGAUCAAUGAAUUAAGUAACGAUGUAUGGGAAUAUUUUAAUGAUAAAACAAUUGAAUUAAAUGAGCAGGAAUGUGUUUCACUUAUCAAUUAUUUACUCCAUUCAAAUAUGUUAGUAUCGUAUGCAUAUAAAUUAUGGUUAAUAUAUCCGAUUGAUACUGUUGUACAAGAUUUAUUUAUUAAUAAUACUCAAUUACAUUCAAAUGAGAUAUUUGAUAAUAAAUAUUUUCAAUUAUCACUCGAAUAUAAACGUUUAUCUAUGCUAAUUCAAGUAUAUCCAAAUAUUUUAGAUUAUCUAUUAAAAUACAAUUGUUCAGAGAAAGAUAAAUUAGAAAUAUUAGAACAAAUGAUUCAUGGUCAACAUCUAAUCGAAGGUGGACAAUAUUAUUUAAAAACAAUUAAACAGACACAUUCAACAUUAAUUACAUUUGGAACAUUGAUGGAUUGUGUACAAAAUAUUUUGUUGAGGGGAAAUAAAUCGUGA